ACUGGUGCCGUAUUUAUGUUUGGUAAAAGUCAUUUAGCGGAAACCUUACCGAACCAAUUCUGGGUGAAUAACGAUAAGGUUGUGGAUAUUUCAUGUGGAGACCAGCACACAGUUUUGGCCGCGGCCAGCGGUCGAGUUUUUGUAUUCGGGAGUAACGCCCAUGGUCAGCUUGGUCUAGGACACUCUAAUACAAUGAGCAAACCGACUUGUAUCAAAUCAUUAAAAGGAGAAAAAGUCAAGCUGGUGGCUUGUGGAAGAUCCCACACUGUGUUCAGUACAGAAUCGGGAUCGGUUUACUCGUGUGGAAAUAAUACGGAGGGACAACUGGGAUAUAAAGGGAGUAGAGAUGUUCUCGAUCCACAGCAAAUCAAAGGUUUGGAUCAACAGCAAAUUAAAAUGUUAUCUUGUGGAACCGAUCAUACAGUCGUUUUAAAUGAGGAAGGCAGUGUGUAUGUGUGGGGAAGUGGUGACGAUGGGAAACUCGGAUUGGGUGGAGAAGAGAGUUGUUUGGGUCCUACAGAAUUAAAACUGGACGAGACCGUUUCCUGCAUAUCCUGCGGUUACUACCAUACGGCGUUGGUUACGGCCAGUGGGAAGUUGUACACGUUUGGUGAGAUGGAUGACGGAAAAUUAGGCUUAGAGCGAACCGUGGAAGAAGCUUUAAAGCCCGAAAUGGUGUCCAUUCCAGAGAAAGUAAUACAGGUAUCGUGCGGUGGAUCGCAUACAGCGGUUCUUACGGAAAACGGCCUGGUAUAUACGUUUGGAGACGGGGCCCACGGUCAACUAGGACAUGGCACGCAUACGUUACAGUCGACCUCGCCAUUGCGUUUGGAAUUAGAUUUCAAAGCGACGUCUAUUAGCUGUGGAGAGAAUUUUACUGCCAUUAUUUCAGACGCAGGAUAUUUGUAUACGUGUGGUAAUGGCCGGCAUGGGCGACUGGCUCAAGGAGUUGACAGUUAUUCAAAUCAGUUCAAGCCACGACGAGUUGAUGGAUUCCAAAACUAUUUAGUCCACAAAGUG